AUGCCAGAUAGGAGGGCUUGUGAUUUUAAAGAUAAUAUAGAGAAGACCUCUAAAGAAAUAGAAUUCCUUAAUAUACAAGAAAGUGGAUCUAAGCUCAUAGAAAGUCUAUCAUUUAUAAAAACUGGAGUACAAGAAGAGCUAAAAAGUAAACUAGAUAAUACGGUACCUCCAUGGAAAAGAUGUAAAGUACCUUUUAAAAGUGAUAUUAUUAAAAGGGCUCAAGAAUUUCUACAAGCAAGUGAUUCAAAUAAUAAAACUUUAAAUCAAUAUAAUGACAUUUGCAAUGAUAAAUUAUAUGAUAAUAUUGGUGAUCAACAACAUGUAAUUAUGGAUGUACAUCUUGGAGUGUUUAAUGUAGAUGGUAAUGUCCUUGAUGAACCUCAACUAUUAGAUAAAGGUAUUGUAACAGUUUCAUUAGAUAAUAUAAAUACUUCGGAUAUUAGCGAAUAUAAGGAAGAUAUGGGGAUAAUAAUAGAAAGUGAAUUAGAUACAGGGUAUCCACCAAAUAAGAGUAAACAUAUAUCUUUAGUAGAAGUUGUUUCUGAAAGUGGAGAAUCUGUAAAUUAUUAG